AUGAUUGCAUUAGACUUGUUACCUCUGUCUUUUGUGGAAGGUGAUGGUUUUUUACAAUUUAUGAAGACAGUUUGUCCAGAAUAUACAAUACCAAGCAGAACAGUGAUUCAAAAUUGCUCAAGUAUUACAUAUGAUUUUGUGAAAAAGGAAAUAGUUUCUGUCUUUAAAAAUUUUCCUUUCAUAUUAAUAACAUCUAAGGCUUGGUCAUCACUUUCAACAAAAUCAUUUUUAACGAUAACUGUUCAUGCAAUUGAUGAUUUAUAUAAUUUACGUUCUUUUACUUUAGACACUUUGGAAAUGCCCGAAAGUCACACAGCGAUUAAUAUACGUAAGCAUUUAUCCUCGUCAUUGAAAGAGUGGAAUAUUUUUGAAAAAAUUGUUGCAGUGGUUCAUGAUAAUGCUGCUAAUAUGGUUGUUGCUAUACGUCUUGAUUCUCCAGGAAAUCCCAAAUUUACAGAAAGCUUCCGUUGUUUCUCACAUACUUUACGAUGUGCUCUUACUACAGCUUUGAAAGAAAAAAAUAUAAACGACUGCCUUCAUAAAGUUAGUGCCAUUGUAGGACACUUCAAACACUCUUAUAUUGCAACUGACGCUUUGAUAACUGCACAAAAAGAAUUGAAGCAACCAAACCAUCGAUUGAUAACUUAUUGUGUGACUUGGUGGAAUUCUGCAUACUUAAUGGUAGAACAAAUAAUAGAGCAACAUCUUGCUAUUGAAAUGUGUGAUAGGACAUAUUUAGAAAAUAUUAUAAAAAUUUUAAAACCAUUCAAUGUAGCGACAAAUUUAAUGAGUAGUGAAACUCAUUCCACUAUUGCUAUGGUGCGACCAGUUAUACGCUCAAUUAUAUCGAAUAUUUUACAACUCAAUGAACAAGACUCGGAAUCUAUUUAA